AUAUACUGCCCAUUCAUCAAACAACCAAAUCAAAUCCUAUCCCAAAUUAAAUUGCAAAUAUUGGCAAAACAAAAGCCAAUUUUGCAACCUCUCAAUUAAAACAAAGUAAAAUAUUUAGCAUAUAAGAUGGUCAUAGGAAAGAGUUUAACAUUAAACGAUGCAUUAACCUUCGUUAUAACACUGAGUUUGAUUGUAAUAGCCAGAUCUCAAAUUUAUAACAAUUCUAAAAGUAAUAAUUUGAUAUACCAAGUGACGGAGAAUAGGAAUUUGGUAGGAGCAGAGAGGAAGUUUGUGAGUUUUAUGAGGGAGCAUGGGAAAGAGUAUAGUACAAGGGAAGAGUAUGUUCGGAGGUUGGCGAUCUUUGCGAGGAAUUUGGUCCGUGCCGCGGAGCAUCAGGCGUUGGACCCCACGGCGGUCCACGGUGUUACGCCGUUUAUGGACUUGUCUCCGGAGGAGUUCCAAACCACGUUCAUGGGGCUGAAGCCGGAUUUAGAUGGUCGUCAUGGUGGUGAUGCGGUGAAUAAUGAGGUGGUUGGUAGGGCGGUGGCACCUCGAUUAGAUGUUCGGGGUUUACCAAAGAGUUUUGAUUGGAGGGAGAAAGGGGCUGUUACUGAUGUCAAGAUGCAGGGGACUUGUGGAUCUUGUUGGGCUUUUAGCACCACGGGAGCUAUUGAAGGAGCUAAUUUUGUCGCGACAGGCAAGCUUUUGAAUCUCAGCGAACAACAGCUCGUGGAUUGUGAUCAUAAGUGUGACGCGAGAAAGAAAACCGAGUGUGACAAUGGUUGUCAUGGGGGUCUUAUGACCAAUGCCUAUAACUAUUUAAUGGAGGCAGGAGGCCUUGAAGAGGAACGCGCUUACCCUUAUAGUGGCAAACAGGGCAAAUGCCAAUUUGACCCCAACAAGGUGGCUGUUAAAGUUGCAAACUUUACUACUAUCCCAAUCGACGAAGAACAAAUUGCAGCUUAUCUUGUUAAUCGUGGUCCUCUUGCAGUUGGGUUGAAUGCUGUGUUCAUGCAAACAUACAUUGGAGGAGUAUCAUGUCCCCUAAUAUGCGGUAAGCGAUGGGUAAACCACGGUGUAUUGCUAGUGGGAUAUGGAUCGAAGGGCUACUCCAUCCUCAGGCUCGGGUACAAGCCGUAUUGGAUAAUAAAAAACUCAUGGGGCACAAAAUGGGGAGAAAAUGGAUACUAUAAACUGUGCAGAGGUCAUGGUAUGUGCGGUAUGAACACAAUGGUAUCCGCGGUGGUGACUGGAGCUUGAUGUAACGAUUUUUUACUUACUCUGUUAUAGUUUGAAUGCUCCAAACAUCAUACUGAAUUAUGUAUAAUUAGGUUCUCGUCGUUUUUAGGUUUUAUAAAACUACUUGUAACUUGUACGAGUACAACGUUGUACUAUGUUGUAAGGCCAGUUUUUUUGGGCGUAAACGCUCUUUUUUUUUUUGUUUCUUUUUUGCAUCUUCAUAGGUGUUUGUUCUGAAGUACUACUAUAAGUGAAGAAUCUGUAAAACUAUUAGCUCGAUAAAAGUUCUUUUAUAUUGUGUUCUUAAAACA